AUGCGAGGUGAAGCGAGUGAUUUGGCCGUGAGCCAGGGCCUGGCCGAAGGUGGUCUGACGCCGGAAAAGCAGCAGGAACAGGAGCUGAUGGGAAAACUGGCGGCGUCCGGAAAGCUGCCGGCUCGACCGGCCUCGUCCUUCCUGCAGAAAAAACUCCAGCAGAGGGUUCGUUUAUUUUCAAGCCGGUCAGAAAUCUCGUUAAGAUCUUAAAGGCGCAUAAGCAUCACGUGUCCGAAAAUAACACCGAAAACGGCUCUUCGUUUGGAAAAUUUUUAGAAACUUAUUCCUUGUGCCUUGAAACCCAACAACAAUGAUUUUUGAAGCGAGAAAGUUAGGAAUUAAAAAAUCACGAAAAUCACGAAAAUCGGACACAUCAUUUCUACUUCAUAACUUCAAGAUCCGGUUUCAGGUGCCACUCUACCUUUUCGAAGCGUUUUAUGUAGGCAAAAGGGGUCUAUUCAGGCGUUAAAAUAUCUUACCAAUAGCUUUUUUGCGCUUUUUUUCGAGCAUUUCGAUCCGUGCCUAUUCCAAUAUUCAAAAUUUUACAAAAAAGCUUAAUUUUUUCGUGCUCAAAUUUUUUUUUUCAAUCGGUUCAUUUAACUUGAAAAGUCUUAGAGAACUUCGUUCGAAGUUAACAGGAUUUUUUCUACACGGACCUUGGUAACGAAAAACGGACGUUUCUGAGCGUUUCAAGGGAUCUCUUAAGAGGGCUGACGCCGCUAAAGUGGUCACUAGAAAUGACCCGACACGUCCAAUUCGCGCCCGGUUCGCGUUACCAAUGUCCGAGUAGAGAUUUAGAGUGAAUAAAAUAUUUAAAAAAAUUUUGUUUUGUCUUUUUUCCAUGGAAGCUUUCUUUUCAAAUCUUCCGUCUCAAUAAAACUGAUAAAAGUUCAUCUUCAAUUCUGAAGGGCCUUUUUUCAUUGACCCUGAUUUAUUUUCAGAAGUUCUUCGAUUCUGGAGACUACGCCAUGGACAAAUCGAAGGCGGGCGCCGGCGUGACUGGCCGAGCUCAUCCUUUGGCCGGAGGUCCUCCGACUCUUCACGAGAAGAAACCGACGAACAUUCCGUCGCGUCCGAAUGUCGACCAGCAGGACCAGGUCGCUGAUGAUGCCAACCUGCAGGUGAAUAAAAAAAAAGUUGAAAGAAAAAUGGUGAGAAAUAACCAACAAACGAGCGAGGAGGCUUUCGUUUUCAACGGGUUUCAGCAUCUUUAAGCGAUCUUUUAAAUCUUUAAGACGUAUAUUUUGGGAAUAGUUUUUCCAUGAAGAAAAAAAGUACCGGUUGUUUUUUGGCCAUUCUGAGAGCUCGAAAAUUUUGAACGAAAAAAGUUUACUCUAGCUUCUAUAGACUUCUUAUUUUUUUCUAAUUUUUAGGGCUGAUAGUUGAUUUGAGUUUUGUAGGAGGAUAUUAUUGAACCAAUAAACUCAUGAACCUUUUGAUAGCAAACUACUUUGAAAAAGAUUUUCCUAUUUUUUAUAUACAAAAAACUUUUUAAAAAAGGGUUGAAUGUCGAAAAAAAAACUGAAAAUUUGGAAUCUACUAAAACUUAUAACCCUUCGAAGAGCUCACUCAAAAUACUUUUGAAAAAAGUCUCUCGAAUCUUCUGACAAAUACCUUUUUUCCAAAAAUGGAAUUGAUAGCUGAUUCAAAGUGACAAGGUUUGUUUUUGUUGGCCGAGAGUCGGCUUGUCAAUCAACGCCGCCGUUGGUGGCCGAUGGCACGGCGCCAAGGUCGACGCCUUGUUAUUCUUUGAGCGGGAAAGACCAGACAAGUCGUGUUCGAUCAGAGAAAAAAAAAACAAGGAAAAAAGGAGACUACGAAAGUGCAAAGAAGACUACAGUGGGGCUUAUGACGAAGAUAAAAGGCGGGAAAGAUUGGAAUUUCGGCUCUAAGAAUUUCCAAGAAAAAGUAUUCGAGAAAUUAAUAGGAGAAAAACGACCCCUCAUCGCAUUUUUUCAAAAAAAAAAAAUUGAGAAAAAGGUCGCAGACAAAGUAAUCUCAAAAAGGGAUGUUCCUUCAUUAUUAUCAACACUAGAAAGUAGAGUAAAGUGGAUUAUUUAAAGAGAGGGUGAAACUUAUAUAAGUGUUUUUCUGUGUACAUUCACUCGAUGAAACCAUAUUGAUGACAUUCAGCUUAUAGAUGGACGGACUGAUUUUAAAGGCCGCCAAAUAAAAAAACUAAAGGUAGCGAAAUUCACCUGAGGCGAAGAAGAUUAUUUUCAUAAGAAAAUUCCUUUAUUUGGACAAAAAAAAGUUCCGCGCUUAAAAAUCACUGUUUUUUUCAAAAAAAUCCUUUUUUUGGACUGAAAGACCUGUUCACGCCCAGAUGUGCUCCAACUUCAUUUUAAGAGUUUCCUUUUCCAGAUCCCCCGACCGGAUACGGUUCCGCAGCGGAAAGCUUCGAUCAUCAACCCAAGUGUCCAUUGUAAACUCAGCCCGGCUCCUCAUGUUCAGGUAACGAGAAAACUCAAAAUAAAGAGUCAAUGGGGAAAUUGAAGAGCAAAAAUAAAAAAGAAAACAACUAUCUCAGCCGUUUAUAAAGCUUUUCCCCUUUUUUGAACGAAAAAAAGAGUUGAGCCUUGCUUUUUUGUUUUUUUUUAUCUAUUAAAAGAGAUCUUUAAUCUUUUCUUUUUUCUGAUGGAAUAUUUGAGAGGAGAUAUCUGCGGUGAUGGCAAAUAGUCUGAACAAAUAUAAACUUAUCCCUUCUUUUGAACCAUCUUGGACUUGGGCGGUUUUUUAAGGUCUUUCAGAGCAAAAAGCUGAAAUAAAUGGCGUCAUGGUGAAAAUUUAUCUCUAAAAAGUCUUUUAAUUCCGAAUCCGAGCUUCAAAUAUCGUUAAGACUGGGAAAAAUUUCUUUUUGUUUUUGAAAAAAACGAAAAAAACAAAAAAAUGUGAUUUUUUUAAUUAUAUAAGAAAAAGGCCUUCUUUUUUUGUAAAGCUUAAGAAAAAAAGGUUCUUCUUUUUUGAAGAAGUUGAGAUUAAGAAACGAAAAAAUGUGCUUGAAUUAAGGUUUUCGUCAUAAAUCUAUGAAAUUAAUUAUUUUCAGCACCAUGACGCGUCCGUCUCGCAGGCUUCGGCGACUCCCGAGUGA